UAUCAUGUUGUGACAAGCUGGGUCUGAUUCUGAAGGGAGGGCACUUCUUUUGUAAAAGAAAUACACACAACCAUAAAACAAGAAAUAUUGUUUCGUCAGUCUGGUUUAAGUGUUACAGAGCAACUAGUUGGAGGUUUGGCAACGCGUUUUGGCUGGGUGUACAUUAAAAUACUGAAAAUCGUUUCAGCAAAAAGGAAUUCUCUCUCCAAUACUGAAAGCCGACCUGUACGAGGUCUAAGGAAUUACCUAAGUAUUAGCAGUGUGCUACAUGUAAGACUUAAGGAGGAGUAUAUACAGCGGAACCUAUAUUCCAUCUGCUCUAGGCAAGUUUGAGGAAUCGCCUUACAACAGAUAUGGUUUUACCAGAGAUACAUAUAACGAGUUGUUGUGGGAUGUUAAGAAUUUCCAUGGAUACAAUACGGUGAUGAUACAAAUAAUAUUCGCUGGUAGCAUUGUCUAAGUGGAUGAGUUUUCCCCUCGCGAGUCCUAGCGUUCCUCGUAUCCCCCAUUCUGUACAUGACAAAAAUACCGUUGCGUUAACAUAACACGCUGGCUGGAGGUUGUUAGGGGAACAAUUUUUUUACCGACAAUUGCAGCAUAACUACUUAUGAUAUUUGCGCUAACUACAGUGCCCCAUGUGGCGCCUCCUUGUGCAAUUGAGACUUGGGGUAGAAUAUAUCUCUUGUAAAAACGAGUAGUUUCUCCAUUUCUGUUGGGGAGACUCAGGGUAGCGCUCGUGAGGCAGUGCUACUUGUGGAACAGACUUAACGACCUAUAUACAAUGUUGUAUUACACCAUUGCCACUACAGGCAGGACCUCUGCAUAAGUACCUAUUCCAAGAUAUGACAAUGCAACAGGGACGUUUGUUUAAAACACAGGUGCAUUCGUUUCGGUCGUGAUCGGACGCGUUCGAUACUGGUUAAUCAUAAAACAGUGGCUGUGAUCGGGUAACUAAUGUAUACAAAAAGCUAAACAAAGCUCUUAUUGGACCUCCGAACUAGAGAAGAUUAUUGAUACCAGGAAAGGCGUGUUCGAUAUAUACUUCUGACGUCACUAGGAUCAUUAUGUACAUCUAAGUACUUGUGAAACAUUUUGUUUUAUUAUUGUAAUACGACAAAGCCUAGCUCCAGUCAGUGGCUGGCGAGCCGCUGACACUGGUCGUGAUCAAUGGCAAUAUCUCGUUCUAUUACAGCUUCCACACGGGAUUUAUAUGAGAUUCAAAUGUAUAAUUACUUGUGACUUAUCUACUUGCUUGUCAGCAAUAGUCGGGUGUCGUAACAUAACAAGUAGAUUCAUUUUCUCUGAAUUGUGUUGGCUACGAAUUGAUAAUUGGAGUUGUAUAAAGUUACCGGAUGCCUCAGACUGGCAGUAUAGCGGAUAUAGGAUAUAUAAAAUUGGCAGUAUAAUAAGAGUCGAAGAUAGUGACAACGAGAGUCGGAAAGUACGUGGAAACACAAUAUUAUCAUGGGUAAAACUUAACACGUUUAUACGUACAAGAGGACCAAGAAGUUUCAUCUAUUUUUUGAGACAAUUUCUAAUAGAAGACCAGCAUUUCUGUGACAUCUUACCACCCUAGAGAGAACAAGUUGAUCCCAGUUCUGUUCUGUGUGCGUACUAGAGGAUUCCCACUUAAGAGGAUUACAUAGUUGUUGGAUGGACCGGAAGUGUUAUAUUAACACCGGAAGUUCCCACUUUAGAAAUCAUGCUUACAUAUGACAAAUUGAUGUAAGGAUAAUCAAAUACGUGUCAACAGUUAAAUAGAAGAGUGGCCAUUUUGUAUUUAAUGUUCUUAACGGAAUGCUAAAUAUAACCCCGGAAGUGAACUGCACUGCCCUAUUGGAGGGCAAACCGGGUCCACCCCCAUUCUAUUCGUUGGAGGUAAGGGCGGUGCUCGGUCUCGUUCUAACAUUAUUUCCGGUGCUGACGUUUUUCGGAAACGCGCUUGUGAUAGUAGCUGUGUUCACGCAUAAACGUCUUCGCACUAUCACAAAUGUGUUCGUGGUGUCUCUAGCCCUUGCCGACUGCAUGGUGGCGCUGUCGGUGAUGCCGUUCGGAGUAUAUCAGCAGCUUAGCAAUAAGUCAUGGGCGCUUGGACACUCCCUGUGUCUGGUAUCAACAAGUUUAGACGUUAUGUUUACGACGACCUCCAUCAUACAUCUGUCAUGUCUCGCCAUCGACAGAUACCUCGCCAUUUGUCGCCCCUUCCUACACGAACGACUUAACAAUUCCGUGAUCGCGGGUAUGAUCGUAGCCUGCUGGUUCACGCCAAUUUUGAUAUCAUUUGUUCCAAUAAUGAACGGAUGGAACCUGUUCGGAAUCGAGGAUUUGAACAAGUGUAUGUUUCCGGAUGCCUCAACUUGUGGUUUCCUUGUCAACACAGCUUUCGCCGUCGUGUGUUCUACUAUAGCAUUUUACCUCCCGACAAUUUUCAUGAUUGUGUGCAACGUAAGAAUAUUCUUAGCAGCAGAAAAACAAGCAAAGCAUAUCCGUAGUUUAGAGCUUCACUUGCACAAACACCAGACUGGGAAAUUGAAGCGGGAAACAAAAGCUGCCAAAACAAUCUCGAUUAUUAUGGGAUGUUUCUGUGUUUGCUGGUUUCCGUUUUUCAUCCUCAAUAUCAUAGACCCAAUAAUUGGCUACAAAAUUCCGUACAUCCCCUGGACAGUGGCCCUGUGGCUAGGGUAUCUCAACUCCAUGCUCAAUCCCUUUCUCUAUUACAACUUUAACCGAGCUUUCAGAAUGGCGUUCAGACGCUUGCUUACUUUUAAGGUGUGUCGCGGUGUUAGCGAGUUCGAGGAUGAAUACGUAAGUGUGGCUAACUUAUCAACGACAGAAGUGACACACAAUGGCCACAGUCCAGCCAAUACUGAGGUAUCCAACCCAAUGUCCACAGAACUAUCAGAUCUUAGCACUUAAUUACGGAAUAGUAUAGUAAUAAUAUGUAUGUGCUUUCAUUAUAUUUACUUACAAAUUAACAAAGUCGAUUAACAUUGUUCCGCGAGGUUCGCUAUUUUUAUGAUGCCAUUCUUGCUUAUUUUUUUUAAGAUGUAUACAUUUUAAUAAACUCGCAAAGGCAGGGUGAACCCUUACCCGGUGCAUUUUGCGUAUUUUACUGAU